AUUUCAAGCUCCAAAACCCCUGUCAGUGAAGAACCGAGUGGUAGAACGUCGAUCAUCUUGCCGGCAACCGUACCAGCGAUAACAACAUAUUCUCCAGGCCCAGACGGAAAGGCACCUCCGACUGCAGUGCCAGACCCCUUGGCCACUUCUUUGGAUGCCGAGCCUCAAUCAAUACCAGGGGGUUGGUGGAGCCACGAACGACUCAGCCUCAAUCAAUACCAGGGGUCGGUGGAUCCACGAUUGACUCAAACCCAGGGGAAUCAUCACAACCAUGUCGGUAGCUCUGCAUACAUGCCAAAAACAGUUACGUGGGCUGAUAUCUUGAAAAAAAACAUAGAAAAUUCAUUUCCUAACAUUGACCUGGUUGUUCCAAUCUCAGAUCAGUUAAUCUCUCUUGCUGAAGACAACGUCAAUUUGAGCACUAUCGAAGAAAAUCGAGCUGUGCCAGAUUUAAUUUUUAAGGAAUGUGAAAAAUUCCACUACUUUGGGGAGGAAGGGUUUGACUCAAUUAAAAUUGAGUCUAAAGUAUUUAAAUUUGCGGUCAAGAACAAAGAAAUUGUUAUUUUUGAGAUAAAAAGAUCUAUGAUGCACAGGAUUAGUUUCAAUCUUGACUUGGCUACACAAAUCAUCCGCUAUAUUUCUCAGCUCACAGGAUCUGACCAUAACUAUAAGCAGCGAAGGAGUUUUGGUCCUAUUACAAUUUCUUUGGAACUUAAUAAUUCAGGUUGCUUCCUGAAAAUUGCUAAGGAAAAAGGAAGUUUCAUCUUGAUUCCAACGGGUCCAAAAUAUUCCAGACUGCUGGAUUUUCCUGGCUAUGUUUUCUAAUAUUGUGGGAAUCUCCGUUUCAGUAUAGGAGGAACCAAUGCAUCUGGAACUCAAAACCACGGCAGACACGGUAGAACCCACGUCAAUAUCUAAACUUAUAUUUAAUUUUCAAAUGCAAGGGGGCCUACGCCGAGCAACAACAAACUCACACUUCCGAGAUCCAUCCCGAACUACCACUGAUUCAGGCCUACUCAGAUGGUUUUGACAGUUAUGAUCCAUCAGAUGACUCUUUUUUCUCAGACGAAUUUCUAGGCCACGCAACAGAAAGUGAGCGUCGACCAACAAUCUCCAGUCAAAAUGAUAUAAAGGACUCAAAAUUCAAUAGGAUCAUCUGCCACAAAUCCAAGUUCAUUACUUCGGAUAAUUGUUUGCCAACAGAUAACUUGAACACACCACUGAAGAUUUAUAAACAAUCUCAGAAGAACAAGCAGCGACACAACAUGAGGACUAGAUCAGAGUCCAAACAAUUCCCUUGGGCUUAGUUUUUUUGUUUUUAUUUAAAUUUAUUCUCUCUUUUUUUAUACUGCUUUUUUAUUUUCUGUACGUUUUUCUCGCAUUGUACCAUUUCUUUUUAGCAAUAAAAAAAAUAUAUUAUGGACUUGCCGAACGACCCCCAGGACAACUACUGGGGAAACGCCG